AGCACAAUACUGAGAGUUUUACAAGCCUCCCUCCCCCUCCUCCUCUCUGGCUAUAGGGGAUGGUGCAGGAUUGUGCUGUGUCAGUCUAGCGAGGUGCAGCUGGGAUAUGCUCCGCUAUGGUCAUCAAGAACAUAUGGAGCAGACACAUGUGAUGGACCUUAAAAUCAGAGCCCCCCAGGAUUAAGAUUGCAGCCAAGGACACGACGCCUCCCUCCCAAUAGGUCCAUUGUACGAUAAAGGAUCCUUUCUUUGCACACGUGGAGAUACCAGAUCUUGGGAAACCUAUAGCAGGAACAGGGAAUUUGAUCAUUCUAGAUCUAUAUUGAUCACUAUUACAGCUGAUGCCCUGAUCAGUUCCGAACAAAGACCCGUCCAUUUGGUCCCCUUUUGGGUCCAUUGAGGAAUUUGGUUCCAGGAGUGACCACCAGCCCAAGCCCCCUCAGACCAGGACUUUUAACAAUGGCGGCAAAUAAGAUUGGAAAAAGACUGAUAAAUAAAAACCAUUCCCCCUCCAGGAGCAGGGAUUCAGGACAAGCCAUACAGAGGAGACAAGCCCGGGUGACCGUCAAGUAUGACCGCAAGGAGCUGCAGAAGAGGCUGGAUGUGGAGAAGUGGAUCGAUGAGAACGUGGAGCAGCUAUACCUGGGCAAGGAAAUGGACAUGCCCGAUGAGGUGAAUAUUGAUGACCUUCUGGACCUGGAUACCGAUGAGCAGAGAAGAAGCAGUCUGCAGGUUAUCCUAGCUUCUUGUACAAACAACACAGAGGCAUUUAUUCGAGAUCUUCUGUUCAAGUUAAAGGGACUUCAGAAACAGACUCUCAUAAGAAAGAAUGGUUUGGAGAUCAACAGCGAAGAGCAGAUUCGGGAACAUGCGUGAACAACAAAUAUUGUUGUCUUAUAGGAAGGGGUAAAGUUUAGCAAGCACAAGACAACUCUACAAGUUCAAGAUGGAUAGAUGAAAAGACAACAUAACCAUGAAAGUCAUGGUUAGGCAGCAUUUGGUGUGUCCCACAUCCUCGCACCUCAUUAUUCCAAAAAUGUCACGAUGCAACGGGUCUGAUACCUGAGAUACGGUAUAAUGGCGGCAUGUCUCCUCCUUCUACAUAAUCCAUUCUACUAGAAAGCACAGUAUGCCUGAUUUCUACAACAAAAACAGUAUUGCUCCUCAAGGCCACCAUCCUGAGCAUGGAGAGAACUAGAUCUAUAAAGCUCAAUUAUUAAGUGUUCCUUUCCUUUUGUAGACUGUGCGUAUGACAUCACGAAAAGAAACAGUGAUGUCUCCAAUUGGUAAUUUGAUUUCUCAUAAACUUUUUAAGAGGGAAAAAAAUGACAUUGCAUUCUAUGUACGUAGCUCCUGUUCCUUGGUUACCAGAUUAUAUUAGGACAUCUAUUGCGUACUUUAAUAGUAAUAUACUAGAAGGUGCAACAUGCCUCUUGCUCACUGAAAUGUAAUACAUUGCUGGCUCACUAACACUUUUUGUGAACCAUUUAGUGCAUCUUGGUCAAUCACCUGGGGGGACACAUACUUUUCAAUAGGGCAUGCUGUAGAGGCCUUAAUAUUAAGAGACCAUUCUAGUUAUGGACCAAUUCUAACUAUAUCAAUCACAUUCAUUUUUAUUGCUGGCCAUUCACGAGAGAGUUUCCAGCUAAACUCAGACCGACAGCUAUUUCUGCCUGCAACAUACACUCUUGUCAGUACUUACAUGUCUAUUACUAUGGAGAGUGAGAGGGAUAAGCUGCUACAAUAAGGACAGUCAGUAGCCCCCAUACAAAUGAGCUCAUUGGCCAAUUCUACUAAUAUCUGUUGAGUUGUCAAAUUUUUCCUUCAGGUGUAUGGCUCCAGCUACUUGUUUAUAAUGCUCUGUUCGGGCUGUGUUUAAAGCAUUUUGCCUGAGGUGUUUGAGAAGGAAAAUCCCUGGAUAUAGAGUUGUAGACCUGGGCAGAUAGCUGAUAAAAGUUAUUUGCAAAGCUAUAAAAUCGUGUUUACCUUCCAAGCUUGAGGGGGUACUCCACCCCAAGACAUCUUAUCCCCUAUCGAGAUCGCGGGGGGACCCCAGACAUCCAGUUCACUCCAUGCCAGAUGACUGGCGAUGCGGGAUGGAGGCUCGUGACGUCACGGCUAUGCCCUCUCAAUGCAAGUCUAUGGAAGGGGGCGUGACGGCCGUCACGCCCCCUCCCAUAGACUUGCAUUGAAGGAUUGUGGCAAAGACGUCACAACCAGGGCGUGACCGUGAUGUCACAUGCCUCUGGCGCUGCACCCAAUGCUCUAAACGAACGCUGGGUGCAGUAAGGAGAUUGCGGGGUCCCCAGCGACAAGACCCCAGUGAUCAGGGAUAAGAUCUCUAGGGGCAAAGUACCUCUUUGAGAGUUGUAGAGGUCAGGCUGAGCUACAGUAUACACACCUGCUCCCUCACUGCCCUGUAUGAUUAAUGUACAGGGCUGAUUGCAAAGUUCUAAAAUCAUGUUUUCCUUCCAAGCUCAAGAGUUGUAGAGGCCGGGCUGAGCUGCAGCGUGUACACCACCUCCUUCCCUGCCUUGUAUGAUUGAUGUACAGGGAAGUGGCAUGCAUGCUGAAGCUCAGCACAGCCUCAACUCUUGAGCUUAGAGGAAAAACUAUAUUUCACUUCUUUGCAAAAAAUCAGCUACCUGCCCAUGUCUGCAGCUCUGAGCUGGAUAAUAGAGAUAUGAUGGAGAGCUAACAAAUUAGCUUUAAAAAAUGUAGUGUAUACCAAGAAAUACUGGCCAGGCACAAGCCAAUAGCACACAAUGUUUGGCCUCAGUCAGGUAAACAGAGGGCCUAUAUAGAUUUGUUUUGCAUAUGCGUCAGCUUUCACUAAACAUGCACUGCAGAACAAUGUGAAGAUGGUAAAUUGUAACUCUUCAAGCCACCAUUGGAGGAGCCAUCAGGUAUACCGUUUAGCUGCAGAUUACACUGUUGCUUCCUUUAACCGCUUUUUUUAGUGUUUUUAUGAAAUUUUGUGAAUGUGUCGCUUUGUAUUUAUCCCUGGAUUUAUUUUUAAUGUUUCAACAGUGUUUGCAGUGGAGCCAUUUUGUAGACUAUAUAAGAUGUUUUAACUAUUCCAUAGAGAAACAUAAAAAAAGAACAAGAUUUGAUAAAGUCCUUAAAGGGGUACUCGGCCCUUAGACAUCUUAUCCCCUAUCCAAAGGAUAGGGGAUAAGAUGUCUGAUCGCGGGGCUCCCUCCACUGGGGACCCCCGCGAUCUCCCUGCUGCACCCGGUGUUUGUUUAGGGUGUUGGGUGCAACACCGGAGGCUCGUGACGUCACGCCCCGCUCGUGUAGUCACGGCUACGCCCGA